AUGCUUUUCAACAAAUUCGCUCUCUGUUCUGUUUUGGCCGUUUUGGGCUUCGAUGUUGUUUCUGCUGCCAAAGUUCGAGUAACCCAUACCAAGUACCGUACUCGUUACUUUACCUCCAGGAAAACCAGGUAUAGAACUGUUUGCAAAGUCAAUGGUGUGGUCCAAGACUGUCAAGUUACUCCAACUUUUUACGAUGCUCCAACAUCUAUUGUCGAAGCCGAAGAAACUUCUGUUGUCGAAGCCGAAGAUACUCUUGCUCCAAUCGACUUGGAUACAGUCGUAACCACCGUCCUUGGUUCUUUUGAAGCCCCAGUUGCCACCACUUCUACCACAACUGCUGCUCCUACCACUCUCGCUACUUCCACUCUCGCUACUUCCACUACCACUUCUGCCGUUGCUCAAGUUGCUAAAGCAGGCUCCGGAAAAUACAACAUUGGUGAUGUCUUUACUUUAGAUAACGAAUACAACUCAUGCACCGAAGCCUUUGGUGUCUGUGGUGCUAAAGGCGCCUCAUGUUGUAACUUUGGUUCCUACUGCUCCACUGCAAAUGCUGACUACGCUCAGUGUAUUCCAACCUCAAUCGUCGAUUCCGUUCAAGCUACUCCUGUUGCCGAACCUGAUGGAUCUGUCAGCACCAAAAACCUUUAUUCUGGUCGUGGUACCUACUGGUCUCCCUCUGACUACAAUGCUUGUGGUUUAACCGGAAUCUCUUCUGAUGAUUAUGUUGUUGCUGUUGGUAUUUCUACUUAUGAAGAAACUAUCGAUCAAUACUACAAAAGUGAUCUCUGUGGCAAAACUUUGAUUGCCCAAUACGGCAAUAAAGCUGUUAAAGUCAAAGUUAUUGAUGCCUGUGCCUCCUGUGGUAAGUAUAGUUUGGAUCUUGGUCCAAAGGCCUUUAGUGAACUAGCCCAAAAGUCUGCUGGUAUCAUUGGUGUUAAAUGGUACUGGGAUGAUGAAUAA